UUCACAGAGAGUUCCUGUUCUCAGAUCACACAGGAACUAUUCAGACACUGUGUCAGGAUGAAGGUGAACAUCUUCUGCUGCCUGUUAGCCUGCACUCUGGGCUCUAACGUCACUGCAGGUUUAACCCAUGAAGUAUUUAAGGAGGGGACACAGGUCACUCUGCGCUGUCCUCACUCUGUGGAGGGUAAUGUGACGUGGAGCAGAGAGAGUGGAGGAAGCAGAGCUGACAUACUUACAGCUGAUGGAGACGGAACUAUAAAACACAUCAAUGAUCCACAGAAACGAUACGAUUCACAGGCUGACGGGUCUCUGAUCAUCCUCAGAGCUGCUCUCUCAGACUCUGGCAGAUACGUCUGUAAAAAUCAAACAGCUGUGGAGCUGACAGUGAUCCCAUCAGAGAAUAAGACAACAACAAAUACUACAACAACACCAUCAAUUACUACAACACCACCACCACCAACUACUGCUACAUCUCAUAAAGCAUCAGUAACACCUGCAUCACCCACUGAGGCUCCAUCAGCUUUUCCAGUGCAGACUUUCCUGAUAGGAACUGGUCUUCUUCUUCUCUCCAUCCUCAUCCUCAUCACUGUCUACUUCAUGUGGAGAUGCAGGUCCAACAGACGAGGGGAUGACAAACAGCUCCACGUCUAUGAUGAGAUACCAGCUGCAGCAGAACUUCAUCUUAUAAAUGGAGCUCGACUACGACCUGCACACUGCCUGAUGGAGCAGCCAGAUUCUCCAUAUUCUGUGAUUGGUGCCACGUUUAGUGAUGGAAAUAAAAAAGGUUCUUCACAGCCCGUCGACAACACGUAUUUCUUACUGGAGAAACCCAAAGCAUCAAGAAGCAGGCCAGACCAGUUUAGUUUCACCUGA